AUGGCGUACCGGCAGCCAGGCGAGGCGUCGCCGUCCUUUGCGCAGACGGGCGCCGAGCUCGACCUCGACGCCAGCGACAGCGACGAGGACCUCUUCAACCUCGACGACUACGAUGAAGACGACGACCACGAAGAGGCUGUGGACCUGCAGUCCGAGGUGGGCGGCGCCGAGGCCUACGAGCUGCGCGGCAUGCGCGGCAGCCUGAGCCCCGGCCCCGGCCCGCGGCCAGGAAGCUCGCGGAGCGCGACGACUCGCAAGAUGCAGAGGCGGAGGAGGAGGCGCGGAAGCAACAGCACAGCGGCGAGCUACAAGCUGUACACGCCCGACGAGGACGCGGCCGUGCGGCGCAAGUUUGACCGCAAGCUCGUCCUCUUUGUCUCGCUGCUCUUCUUACUGAGCUUCGUCGACAGAUCAAAUAUCGGCAACGCCCGCAUCGCAGGCAUGGAGGAGGACCUGCAGACGACGCCCCCCCACGCCAGCUGGUACGAGUGGUCCCUGACGGCCUUUUACCUGACCUACAGCGCGUUCGAGUGGAUGGCCAUGCUGUACCGCAUCUACCCCGCGCACAUUCUCAUAUCCACGGCCGUUGUGUCCUGGGGCGUCGUCGCCUCGCUGCAGGCCGUUGCGCCCUCGUACCCGGUGCUCGUCGCCCUUCGCGCGCUGCUGGGCAUCGCCGAGGCCGCCUUUGCCGGCGUCCCCUUUUACCUGAGCUUCUUCUACCGCCGGCAGGAGCUCGCGUUCCGCGUCGCCAUCUUCAUCGCCGCCGCGCCGCUCGCCAGCGCCUGCGCCUCGACCGUCGCUUGGGUCAUUGUGCGCUUCGCCCGCCUCAGCCCCGUCGCGCCCUGGCGCCUGCUCUUCCUCGUCGAGGGCCUGCCGUCGGUCCUCGCCGGCGUCGUCGCCUGGGGCGUCAUCCCUGACGCGCCGCAGUCGGCCGCGUACCUCACGCCGCGCGAGAGGAAGAUUGCGACGCUCCGCCUCCGCAGGGAGAAGCCCGCGGGCGCCAACGACGACGGCGUCGCCGAGGACGGGCACCGUUUGUCGUGGCGCGACAUUGUCUCCGUCGCCCUUGACCCCAUUGCCAUCCUGGCCUCUGCCAUAUUCUGCAUGGUCAACCUGGCCUACUCCUCGCUCCCCGUCUUCCUCCCCAAGAUUAUUCACAACAUGGGUUACAGCAGUCUCUCCGCGCAGGCCCUCUCCGCGCCGCCUUACCUCGUCACAUUCGUCAUUGUCCUCUUCACCGCACACAUGUCCGACCGCCGCAGCAGCCGCACGCUUCCCAUCGUCUUUCACGCCCUCUGCUCUGCGUCUGGCUAUCUCAUCCUGGGCAUUGCCGAGCCCCUCGGCCUUCCCACCUGGGUGCGCUAUCUCGCCGUCUAUCCAGCCACCAUGGGCUUCUUUAACGUCGUGACCCUCAUCAUCACUUGGGGCAUCAACAGCCAGCCUGACGAGACACGCCGAGGCGCCACCUUUGCCAUGAUGCAGUUUAUUGGCCAGCUCGGAACUCUAAUCGGCACGAGACUAUAUCCUGAUCGUGACGGGCCAUACUACACCAGCGGACAUCGCGUAUGUGCCGCCGUAUUGCUCGGAGCCGCCGUUUGUGCAUUUGUGCUCCGGUCGUACUUGAAGCGCCUGAAUCGCAAGCUUGAUGAAAAGGAGGCCAAUGGCCACGGUCUCGCUGCUGCAGACCAGGACCAUGACGAGGCGGAGAGGUUGGUCGGCUCUGCAGGAUACAAAAGCUCUAGCCACAGCUUUAGGUACAUGAUUUAA